AUGGAGGGUCUUCUUUCGGAGCUCUUCAAUGGCAAUUGGAGCCAUUAUUUAUUUCGAAGACCGGGGUUGAGGAGGGCGCCUGGCUUAGAAGGCGCGCUCUUUAAGGGCUGGACUUUUGAUCCGAAUCAGAUUCGGGACGAUAACUGGGGAAUGGUCGUCAAGAGUUUGAUAUACCAAAGCCUGAAUAAAGUUGGGCUCAUUCCAUUCGAAGCAUUAGUAGAGCUAUCCCGCGGUCAAGUUACGCCCACUUUGCGAGACUUCCUCGAGGAAUAUGAGCUUCUGUAUUCGCAAAUAUGCAGCUUUUACGUGAAACGGCCCUAUAGCAUGAAGUCCGGAGGGCACUUAAGCUUGAUGAAAGAGCACCUGGAGGACAAAACGAUUGGUGCUGAUCCAUUCAUACGCACCGUGGUUCAAGACGCAUGUGACUAUGUGGUUAACAAGCAUACAAGAAAGAGAGACCUGGUUGAAGAUCUUCGUCACUUUAUUACCAAUCCCUUGAGAGAUCAGCUUCACGAAUACGUACCCCAUAAUAUCUUGCUCCGACGCAAAAAGGUGCUGGCAGUGCGCCUCAAGGCUUACAUCUCAGACGCUUCCAACAUGUGGGACAAGCCCUUCGAUUCUAGUACCACAUUUCUGGACGAAUAUCUGUCACUUGAACCUCGAGCUCUUGCCGAGAGAAUAACCAAAGUUGAUCAUCAUCUAUACCGAAAGCUCAAGGUCAGCUCGUUCCUCGAAAAAGGACAGGAUUUGCAAACCCUCCAGCAGCGUGAAAUAAAUUUGACAAGGUCGGUGAUGGAGUGCCUGGACACACAAAUUUUGAAUGUAGAGCAAGUUUUUGAACUGGCAAAGCACUUUUGCGAUAUGCAAAAUUACCUAUCAAUGGAUGCGGUACAGACUGGAGCCGAAUCUGCCAGAUUAACUCCCGAAAUCAAGCAGCGCCUGAGAUCCAUCGCAAAUUGGGAGCAACAACUCAAUAUUCCUAAACCAGGACUAUAUCCUUUAGCCCGUGCUGCUAAAUGUGCAGUAUUGUGGGAUAACACACAACUCGCUGAGAAGUACAUCGAUUUAUGUGUUUGUUACACUCUUGAACGCCUGGCUGAAACGGGAACAUGGGAUGAAAGAAUCAAAAACAUGGAGCCGCCACAUACCAAGACCGUCGACCUUGUCUUUGGAGCUCGCAGAUAUAUGGAUGGUGUUGUUGUUUCUGAACGUUGA